UAAUAUAGUUUAUGUGUAUUUAUGGAUAAGGUUAUAACGAAUUCAACAAAGUCUCAAGGUCCUAUGACAUAUCAACAAGUAUAUUACAGGUUUUUUUUUUAUGUAUGGCUUUUCUUCUCCCAUGUUUCGGCUGUCUACGAAGAGACAUUUGGCUUUUCAUGUUGGGAUAUUGAAAAUACAUUUUCAACGUUUGAUAUAAGAUUUUGUGUGGGUGAAAUUAAUACUUACAGAACAAAAGAGCUAGCUCAUGCACGGUUAGUUCUUUUUUGCCGGCUGUUUUAAGGAUUUGCAUAUUCUUUCCCACGUAUUGAAUUCUAUAAAUGACAUAAUAAUAAUCAAACUUGUAGAAGAAUAGAUAAAGAAGCGGAGUUGUAUAUGUGUAAAUAAUAUUAGAGAAUGUAUAAUUCAUAGUCUUCCAAAAAUUCGAUUUCUGUUGUAUUCGACUCGUUGACAUGUUGUAACUUAUGAAGGUUGUUAUAUAGGAUCACUUCACUAAACCUUGGUUGGAUAUACCCAAAUAAAUAUUAUAAAGUUCAUACGAGAAAAACUUGGAAUCACAUCGGCGAAUAUUCACCACUGGAUCCAUACUAACUACUACACAACAAGGGAAAAAAAAAAUCUCCUUCAUAUUCUAAUUUGGCAAUCAUAUAUAAAAUAUUAAUUUGGGAAGGUAUAUACUUAUUAUAUACACAAAAGCAAGAUUCGCUUUGUAAUGCGACGGCCCGACUUAUCUCUUUCAAAUAAUGAUCCUUGAGAAACAAUAUAGAGCCAUAUAUAUGUUGUCUUUAUAAAGAGACAUAACCCAUAUAUCUCUUCUUGACUAACUUUAUAGUUAAAGUUGUUUAUUCAGAAACAAAGCUGGAUUUGUAAUUUGUCCCUUAAACUACCAUGAUUAAGAACUUAAGUACUAUGAAGAAUUACAAUCAGAAACGUGAAAGAUGUUGCGAGUUCAUCGAAGCCCUUGAAGAAGAACGCCGCAAGAUCAAUGUCUUCCAACGCGAGUUUCCUCUUUGCUUAGAGCUCGUGACACAAGCGAUUGAGGCGUAUAAGAGGGAGAUAUCAGGGACGACGACGAAUAACUUAUACGGACAAUCGGAGUGCUCAGAGCAGACAACCGGAGAAUGUGGGCGCAUCUUGGAUCUGUUCAUACCAAUCAAACACUCUUCGACCUCCAUAGAAGAGGUUGAUGACAAAGAUCAUGAUGAUGAAGAACACGAAUCUCAUGAAACCGACAUAGAUUUUGAUGACAAGAACAUGAAAUCUGAAUGGCUUAAGUCUGUUCAGCUCUGGAACCAAUCCGACAUUGUUGUUUCUAAUAGACAGGAUUGCUCACAAGAAAAGACAGAGACGCUGGUAGAGUUGAUAAAUAUAAACGAUGAAGCAGCGGAGAAAAACAACAACAUAGAAUCACCGGCGACUACUAGCGGUGGCAGUGGCCGUGGCAGUGGCAGAAGAGGGCAGAGAAAGCAUAGGCGGUGUUGGUCGCAAGAGUUACACACACACUUCUUGAGCGCUCUUAAACAACUUGGUGGCCCUCAUGUAGCUACGCCGAAACAGAUAAGAGAGCUAAUGAAGGUUGAUGGGUUAACAAAUGAUGAAGUCAAAAGUCAUUUACAGAAAUAUAGGCUGCAUGCAAGACGGCCUAGCCAAACAACACCUAACAACAAAAACUCUCAAACGCAACAUUUCGUGGUGGUUGGUGGAAUAUGGAUCCCACAGACUAACCACUCCACGGCCAACGCAGUCAACGCCCUCGCAUCGGGUGAGACCACCACCGGGAUUUACGGGCCUAUGGUCAGUCCGUUACCGUCCGAGUGGCCGAGCCAUUCCAAUUUUGGUGGGACGAUUUUGGAUGAUAGAUCAAGAUGCUCUAACAAAGGAAUUUUUCGGUGUAGCUCACCAGCUAUGUCUUCUUCUACUCGUACAAAGACGAAAGAUGCAAAAGUAUCAUAACUUUUAAAUUUUUUUUUUAUUAUUAUUUAUUAAGGAAAAAAAGUUAUAUAUAGACAUUAAUAUUG